AUGGCACCCGUGGACUCUACAGGACGGCUUGGCAGGGCUCCAGACACAAGGUACAGCCAAAAGGGCACUGCCAUGAUGAAGCAGCCUGAGUCUGACAAGUCUCAGAGGCCAGGCAACGGCCAGAGCGGCCAAAGCAAGACCGCGGCUUGUGUGAAGGUGGGGCCUGUUUGGAUCACCAUCGGUCCCCGAAUCGAGGCGGAACUUGCUGCCAUGAAGAAGUUUGUGGAGGACGUGUCCAGGACUGUUAAAGCUGACAAGGUUGAGACGGCAGAGAUGAAGGAGCAUAAGGAGCGCACGGGGCGGCGUCCUUCGCUUCCCUUCGAGCCCGCAGCACGGAGCCGGACCACGGCCCAUGCCGAGGAGGGGAAAGCUGGCAAGGCUUGGCCUGCAAGGCCUGUGGGGGGAGUGGACUUGGCCGCGGUUCCCAGGUCCCAAGCGGUAAGUUCUGGUGUCGCCGGAGCCUUGCUGCUCCACUACGACAAGCCUUCUGGCCUGCUCUUUCAGAUGCCUUCCUCCGACGGCCGGGGCAUGGCCUUCACAGCUACAGAGAUCGGCACCACCCUGGACUGGGCGAGGCGGAAUCCACACCGGGCCAGACAGGUCGCCUUUAGCCUCGACCCCGUGGAUCCGAAGCGCUGGCAGGAGCGAGCUGGCUCGGCGGACGGCCUCUUCCAGCGGAAGUGGUACUCCGACGCGACCCUGCGGGACAUGCCCCUGGGCUACUGGAUGUGGCGAGCCGACUGGAAGUUGAAGCAGCUUUCUCAAGGCAUGUUCUACGAUGACGCCACCGGGCGUCGAAGGGCUCUGAGACUUGGAGCAGACGUUCCCGCUGAUUUUCCGGAGGCCGCCCAGGGCGAUGCUGGCUGCGCAAGGCUGUGGAUCGUUUGUCGCAGCCUGGUGACGCGACCUGUGGGUCAGAGCGCACUUCUGAUUUAUCCGGAGGACGUGCAGAUGGCCUGCGAAGUGCGAGCUCAGUCUUUCAAUGCCAGGACAAACACCUUCGAAGAUGCGAAAGACUCACAACCUCAUACGUCAGCUGCUCGCGUCGCCGAGUACCUCAGCCGGAACUAUGAUGCUGUAGCCUGCUUUGUGCCCGAGCUGCUUCACUGCAAGCGCAUGGUCGCGCUACUUGCGGUCACGCAAUGGCUGCUGGAGAAGCACGUCGAAUCCAAGGAGAUUGCGCUACAGCACUGUAUCCCUCAGUUCUCGGUGCCGAAAGACUUCCCCGACGAGAGUGUUCCUGCUCUCUGCGCCGUGCAUGAAAGGGGGCUACAAGAAGAGGCCGUCUUCAAGAAGCUGGACAAAGAGCUAAGUGAUUUGAUGUCUCAGUCGCGUGCAACUCAACAAGAGAGGCAUGCGCACGUCGAAGGCUUGCGUCUGAAGGCAGAAAAGCAACAUGGCAUUGUCGAGGCUGCUCGGAAGAGCGUUGACCAGUACAGCAGCGCAUCCGUGGAAUCAUACAAUGCCGAAGUGGAGAAGUACAAUCAGAUUGUCGAGAAACACAAGGCAGCAGUUGAGUCUCACAAUGCAAAUGCGAAGUCUGCGCAGCAGACGCUGGAUGCUGCCGCCAAGCGGAGGAAUGCUGCUGCUUCAGACUGCAACGCUGUUCGCACCACAUGCAUCUUCGUAGGUGGUGUCGACUUACAGGUGGGCGCGGAGGAGAAGCCCGUACCAGUCAAGUCGGAUCUCGUGGACAAUGUGGACAAGCAGGUGCGUUCCUGGGCCAAGGAGCUGAAACAGAACAGGGAGGUCUUGGCCCUCCUCGCCGGCCGCCGCCCUCACCCACGGCCUCAAUCUCUGCCCGACGAGAUUCAGGAAGAGAAGCAGGCAGCUUUCAAUGUGUUUCCCAUCGCCGCUGCGGCCGCUUGA